AUGGAUGAACAAAAUGAACCUUUUCUACAAUCAAAUAUUAGUACACGUCCAAAUCGAUCUAUUUCUUUCGUAGAACGUUUGCGACGAUUUCUACAACAGCUACUAAUCUUCAUUGUACAUUAUCUAUUUCAAAUUUAUGAAUUUUUAAGUAAAAAUAAUUCUCGUGAUACUUCAUCAUCGUAUCGAACAUCUAUUAUCGAAACAUCUACAAUAGCAUAUAGUACGAUACCGAUAGAUAUUAUUGAUGAAACCGAAGAAACAACUGGUCAGGAGAUUGGUGAAAUUAGUGUUGAAGCAUUUGAAAAUUAUCUUCAAUCAGAUGAAAUAAUAAAUCAGUCAACUUUGAAACGUGCUGGUAUUGCUGGAAUUCUUACUCUCGAAGAUGAAUCAGUCUUAUCUCUUUCAUCAACCAAUCAAUUGGCUUCUCCUUCACCAGAGCCAGUUUUUUCAACAUCGUACUCAUCUAGUUUUUCACAAAAUCCUGUGAAUGUUGCUCUAUCGUACCAUGAUGAAAUAACUACUCGAGUACAAAUUAUCAGUGAACUUCUUCAGCAACGUAUUACAACAUCGAAUAUUUCGAAUCUGAUCUUCGAUGUUCCGACCGUCCACGCAAAUAUGAGUGUACUCGAUCGUCGAAAAACUUCAAAAGAUGUUUACAAACGAGCUGCUCUAGUAGUAGUCUUUCUUUCACCUACCUAUCAUAAUUGUAACUUGUGCUAUAACGAUUGGCGAGCGAUCACAAAUCGAUUUAUGGUCGGUUGCAAAGAUCAACAAUGUGAAAAACUUCUUCUCGUGAAAUUAGGCGAAUAUAAUGCAGAUUCACUUGGCCUUUUCGCUGAUGAUUACCAUCUAGACGCUAUGGACAGAAGUGAUGAAGACGUGGCUAAUAUUAUCGUUGAUCGAUGGCGCAUGAUCGAGAACUUGUUAAUAUAG